AUGUCCAGCCCGCCGUCCCGUCUCAAGAACAUCUUGGGUCACCUUGGUCUCUCCUCACCUGCUCCAAAGCCCGAAGAGCCCAAGGCAGCCUUUCACAUCCAUCAACUUUCCCCAACCUAUUUUCUGGAGCGUGCUGCCGCCAUUGAACCCGACGCGGAGGCGAUUGUCCAUAUCACUGCCAACAAUAAGCUUUUGCGCCGCACCUACCGCGACUUUGCUGAGCGAGCAACCGGGCUUGCAUACUAUCUGAAGAAGCAUGGCUUCCAGCGCGUUGGUAUCCUGGCGCCGAACACGCCGGCUUUUCUAGAGAGCAUCUUCGGCAUUGCCCUGGCUGGUGGGGUCAACGUCGCUGUGAACUACAGAUUGAAGUCAGACGAUAUCACGUACAUCUUCGAUUAUGCCGAGGUUGACUCAAUCAUCGUGGAUCAAGAAUUCCUCCAUCUUCUUGACGAGUUCAAACAAAGUCACCCGUCCGUCCCAUUCAUUAUCGACACCGACACCGAUGCCAUCGAGGGGGAAUUGAGUGGCCCCUUUGACGAGGCCAUCUUGGAGGGCCUGCAAUUUGACCAGAGACAGGGCAAUAAGAGGUUCGACGGCCUUCAAUCUCACUGCGGCAACGAUGACGACAUGCUCGCCAUUCCAUUCACUUCAGGAACAACUUCUCGUCCAAAGGUGUGA